AUUCACUAUAUCCCCCCACAGUACACAGAACACGGAAGUGCAAUUAUUAGUAAAUGUAAACUGCUAAAUACCUUUUCUCAUCAGCAAGUGUCCAGAAGAGCACAUGUUAAAGCUUGUAGGAGGCAUUUUCACUUUGCUCUAGGAUGAUGCAGAACCCCUGACCUCUGUCUGGACAGUGCUGAUUGGCCCUGUGCUGGUCACAUGCACUCUCCCAAGAAACAAAAAACCUCUCCAGCAAUGCACAACAAACUGAGCAUGUGCAGACUGACUCCACACAAUAUGUCUUAUCAGGAGAUAGGAGGGGGCACUGGAAGAAGGGGAGGAUCAGAGAAGUCAGGAUCAAACAGCCUUUUUACACAAUGCAGAGGAUUAACCCCUUAGGUUUCACAGUAAGUAUAACAAGCAUGCUUUACUGUAUAUACAGACUGAUUUUACUGUUGUGGGUUUAG